AUGAAGACAUCUCUAUCACUAGUUUUACCAAAGCUCUAAAAUAUUUUGUCCCCUGUUAAUGGUAUCAAUCUAAGCAAGUAAAACUCUGAGUCUCCUAAGAUUUUCCAAAAGGUUAUAAAAAAAGAAGCUAGCUAUCAAUAAUCUCUACUACUGAGUCAACAGGUAUCAUAUAAUUCAGAUGAAGAGGAAAUCGAAGUAUCCCUUGAGAAUACUUGGUAGAUUUUAUUGAAAGACCCUUAAAGUAGAACAGAUAAAUAACAUGAUUGCGUAAACGAAUAUGUAAAAGAGCUGGAAAUGUUCAAACAUUAUAUUGGGAUUGUAAAAAAAGAAAUAAUAAAAAAAAUAUCUGGAAAGCUAAUUGGUUAUGAAUUCUAGAAAAACUAAGUAGUUCUAUCAAAUGAAGUCUUAGAUAACAGCUAUUUAUUCAUUAUUUUGGAAGGUAAAGUUAGCAUAUACGAUUGUAAUUAAGCUAGUAAUGGGGAGCAAUCAAAAGCUAAUUUUAUCAAACAAUACUAAAAAGGAUAUUGUAUUAAUUUAAAUCAUAUUAUCUUUUAGAGACCUUUUACUGAUAUUGCUAUUUCUGAUUCACAUACAUUAAUUGCAAAAUUGGAUAAAAAGAUUUUUAGAAAAUACCUUCUAGAGAUAGAAGAACAGGCAGUAGAAGAUGAAAUCUCUUUUCUUUAAAAUAUAGAUCUAUUUUCAUAAUUAAGCUUAGAUGAAUUUUAAGAUUUAUUGUUAAACAUGGAUAUCUAAACACUUUCACUAAAUGAAACCCUAUAUAAUACUUUCUCUAAACCUGAUGAGUUUUACAUAAUAAAAUCUGGAAAAAUUGGAAUAUUUAAAGGAAGAUAAGUUGGUUAGAUAUAAAAAGAACUAAAUUUCAUAGAUAAUGAAUAGAUCAAAAUUAUUAAUAUUGGAAUUUAAGAAGAAAAUAUACAAACAAAAAACUAGAUUAACUUUUAAAAUACUUUUUAAAGCGGCAAACCUAAUUUUUAAUCUUUGUUGAAAUCUAAUUAUUAUACAAAGAUUAAAGAGUUAAAUACUUUUGAUUUCUUAGGUUAUGAAGAAAUAUUAUCAAACACAUAUAGAGAUCAUAUCGCAAAGAGUUUACAAAAUAAUACUAUUUUAUAUGUUUUUCGUAGAAGCUACUUUAUAAAAAAACUCAUGAAAUUUAAAUGUUUUGAAAAGAUAAUUUUUAAAAAGAGAUAUUCAAAUAAGCUAGAAAGUAAAAAACAAUAAAAAUUAAAUAUCCAAUUCGAAUAAGACUUGCAAUUAGGACUUAAAUUUAUAGAAAACCAUUCAAAACCUAAAAGUUAUUUGCUCUAAGAUCUAUCUUUAAAUAAUUCUGCUCUAAUUGAUACAACAAAUACUUAUGAAAGAAACUAAAAAAAUUUUAAUUCUUUGAAUAAUUCUUAGAAAUAAAAAUAAUCAUUUUCUCUUUAUUGUAGUUAGAAUUAAGAGGAAUGUAUCAGUCCCAAAAAAAUAUGUAUACCAAUUUAAAAUAAUCAAAAUAGACAAGUAAAUGUAAGCAAUAAAAAGAUUCUAAUACAGUAAAAUUAUUAUUUAAAAAACUAUUCGAAUUCAGAAACUAAAGGUAAUCUACAAAAUAUUGGUUUCAUGAUGAGACAACAAGAUAAAAUUAAUGCCUAUCUUUAUAAAUAGAAUUUAAAAGAAUAAUCAGCUUGUUUAGAUAUGCUUACUCCUAGAUCAGACUAUUCUCAAAAUAGUGCAAGAAAAUUAUUAAUCCAUAAUUAAGUAAAUCAGAAUGAUCACGAAAAAUAAUAAAAUACUUAAAAUUAAAAAAACUUUGCAAUAAUUGAAGAAAGUUAAGCAAGAUAAAGAAAAUAAUAAAAUAAGAAUAAUUUGCAUAAAGAUUAACACAAUCAAUUGGAUUCUCCUUUAAUAUAUUAUUCACCUUUAAAUUAAAUUCAGAAGACUUUUUUAAAAACUGAAUAAGAAUAUUUUAAUAGUAAUUUAUAAUAAAAAACAAAAUCUGAACAAUCUUUUCUAUAAUAAGAAUAGUAAAGAAAUUGUAACAGUGUUCUUUCAUCAACAAAAAAAAUUAAUACUCAUACAAAUUCAAGAAAUAUAUUUUCUGAUCCUUCUCCGUGUUUAUCACAAAUUUCUUUAAAAGAUGAAAUUACUCUUUAAUAAAAGAAAAAAGGAUCUCCUGAACAUUUAUAAACGUUUGGCUCCUAAAUGAUAGGAAUAAAUAUAGAUUUUAUAUAAUAAGGCUUGGGCAGUGACAAAAACAGUAUGCUACUUAGCCAAUUAGCAAGAAUCAAAUAAAUUUUGGAGAUCAAUUAUGGAUCUUAAGUUUCUGAAUUGUAUGCUGCUUCCUAAUUUCAAUAAAAAAUAAUAGAUGGAGCUAUUUUAUUAAAUUAUAAAAUGUUUUAACCUCCUUCUCUCAAUCUAAAUAAAUUUUAAUCAGGAAAAAUAUCUCCUCUUGAAAGUUAGCUCUACAGUAAAAACAAACUUCUAUUUGACUUCUGGUAUAAAUAGGGAUAAAACGAUGUUUCUUAACUUUCUUCAAUUGCUUACAAAGAUUAUUUGUAAUCCAGCUUAACCUCAAUGAUUUUAAGGGCAAGCUCUUAAUCAAGAAAAACGGACUUCAGUAAUCGCUCUUAUAGCUAAUAUAUUCUAAAAAGCAAGUUACUAAAAAUAAUUCCCCCAAUUAAUGAUACAGAAUACUUAACAUCUAUGGUUGAUGAAUGUUCUGGAGAUGUUACUUUCAAAGGCUGCUAAAAUCAGUUUUCGGAAACUUAUUAACAAAAUAGCUUUUGGCAUACUUCUCCAACAGAAUAUGAGUUAGAAAAACAAUUUUCGAAUCUUUGCUCAAUAACUUUUGGAAAUUAAGAAAAUGUAAACAAUACUCACUCUAUUUUAUGUUAAGAAAUACCUCUAUAAAUUUUAUUCAGCAAUUUCACAAGUAUCAAUCAAACUUCUGGACUUAAUAUUAUUGUGGUAGAUCCAUCAUCAUAAAGAUAAAUAUACAAUAACAACAAACGAAUUCUAACUCCAAACGAUAACUUUACUUCUAUCUUAUAAACUGAGUAAAUUUCUCCACAGGGUAUUUAAAGCGCAGAGAGUUAAUAUAAAUAAAUUUUAUAAGAUUUCAAAUUAUCCGAAAACUAAUCUAAAGAUUACUAUGAUAUUAGAUCAAGAGGAAUUUAAAAAACUAUAGACACUUUAAAUGGCCCUAAAGAUUUUUUGCUUCAGAUGAUUGUAAUUAAUUUUAAAGAAUAAAAAUCUAAAUAAACUUCCUAUUACAAUUUAUAUAAUGUUAUUUCGUGGAUUGAUUUAAAUCAGUUAAUAGAGGAUUCAAAUAAGUUAAAGGACGAUGUGAAUAGAUUUAUUUUAGUUUCUUAUCUUGUUUGUGCUUUUGUCAUUUUUUUUAUUUUAAUAAUAUCUUUUCUUCAUGCGAUUAACAUUUAGAUACUGACAGAAAAACCAAUUGAGGAACUCACUUAAAUUCUCUAAAAUAUAAGAACAGAUAUUUUCAAUGAAACAAAAGAAACUCACAACAAGGAGUUUAAUUAUGAAUUAUAACAAGAUUUAGAUUAAAUUAGUGAGAGUUUUUCGUCUUGUUAAGAACUUAAAUGCUUAUUUGAAACAUUUCGCUAGACAUUUUAAACGAUUUAAUAUGCAAAUGAAGCCUAUUUUAAAGGAGAUUAAGCAUCUUCUUUACUUCAUUGGGCACAAGCUGUAGUUUUUUUCGAAAAUAUAAAAAAUUACAGAGCUCAUGGAAUUAGUUUAAACAACCUUGGAAAUAUUCAUCUUUUAGAAUUAAGAUAUGAUGAAGCAAUUGAUUGUUAUGAAAAAUCAAUUGAAAUUAUUAAUAAUGAAAUUAAAGAAAGCUAUAAAUAAGAAUUUCAUAAAUUUGAAAAAAAACAAUAAAAAUAAUAUGAACAAGAAUAAGAUUAAGAAUUUAAUAGCUUCAAGGAUUUUAAUUUUAUAAAAUUGAGCAGAAUUAUUUAAUAUUUACAUGCUAAUAUUAAAAAAUAUAAAGGUGCUUUAGAACUAGUUAAUAAGGAGUAAUAUAAAGAGUUUUUUGACAAUAAGCUUUAGUUCUAUGAAAAAUAGAUUUUUGAAAUAAUUUAAAUUCUUGAUAUUGAUUUGAAACGAGAUUGCUUGUGCUAUGUAAUAUUAUGCACUUGCUACUUUAUUGAUAAAAAUUAAGAAAAGACUGAUUAAUUUUUGGAAAACAUUUAAAAUAUUCUAAUAUAAAUGGAGAAUACUAAGUAAUACUAAUCAGAAUAUAAUAGUUGUUCCCCAUUAAAAUACUAAGGAAUGAUGACUUUUACAGCAGAUUAAAAUAAUCAAAGUUAGCUUCAAACACCUUUGUCAUAAAUAGAUUUUAAAUUUAACAAAAAUCAAAGACUCACUUUGUUUACUUAGGUAUCUUUAAACGGUGUAGAAGAGUAGCAUUCGAGUUUAAUUCCACCAAUAAAGCAAUCUAGUUCUUCAAUUACAUUAAAUGUUAACACUUUUAAUAAUCAAAAAUAACAUAUUUAUAACAUCUUGAAUGAGAAAAAAAAUUAAAUGAAUACUAAGAAUAAAUAAAAAGAAGAAAAUCAUUUAAUUUCAAAUUCUUUUAAAACAGUUUUUAGCUAUAACAAAAUGUAAGCACAAUAAAAAGUUUUACCAUAAAUUUUAUCAAAGAGAUUUAAAAAGCCUUCAUUAAAUAAAAAUCUUUCAUAUAACUCUGAGAUAGUUGAAAAAAUAUAAAAAGUAGAAGAAUAAAAUUAAGAUCAAGAGGAAGAGGAAUUUUCAAAUGGAAAUUGUGUAAGCUAAAUUCCAUCCUCUGAAUAAACCACAAUAAAAAAUUCUUUUAUUUUGAAUAAGAUAAACCCAAAAUAAAAUUCCUUAGUCUCAUAAAAGCCAUUACAUUUACUUGAAGAAUUGACUAAAAAUCUACCAACAGUUCCAUCAUCAAAUAUUAUUGAUAAUAAUUUUUAAGAGUGUUCAUUUUAAAAAAAUAAUUCUAAAUAAUUUCUUAGAAAAAAUAGUUUAUGUAAUAUUUCAAAUUGUUAAUAAAUAAAUAAUUAGAAUAACACCAACUUAAGCUAUUUAGAACCUUAAAAUUUACAAGAAACACUUGAUCAAACUCAUUUUAGUUUUUAUGAAAGAUAAAAUAAAUUCAUAAAUAUUUAAGAUUAAAUGUAUUCUAUAAAUACUGAACUUGAUUAAAAUAAUCAUUCUUUACAUCAGGCAAGGACUCCUGAACUUCCUUUUAUCAAAUAAGGAACAGAAGAAACUCUUAAGACAAUAUUUGAAUUACCUAAUCCUUAAUAAAUAACUUAAAUACCUGAUUUAACUCUUUAAACUACUGACAGAGGAUCACAAGAAGACAAUAGAAUAAAAUUAUUUACUCCAUUAAAAAUAGAAAAGAAAAUGUCUUCACCGAGAAAUAGCUGGAAAGAAGAUUCUCCCUAAAUAGAAAACAGACUAAAGAGAAUUGCAAGCUAAAAUAUUAUAAACAGAGGUAAAAAUCUCUCUAUUUUCAAUAAGCCAGCUCAAUAAAAAUAAGAAUCUCCAUACUAAAAUAUUCCUUUAGAAAUUUUUUAGUAGAAAUUUUUGCUUUUAAAAGCCUUGUUAAAUAACUCUAAGAUAUAAAAAACUUAUGAAUAAGUAGAGUUGAUAACUCAGAUAUUUGAAAAUUAUCAAAGAUAUUAUCUCUAAGAUAGAUUAGAAGCUCUUAAGUUUUUAAGCAAAACAUUUAACACUAAAGAUCAAGAUUUGUACCUAAAAGAUUUAUAUCAAAAGUUUUAGGAAGCUAAAUGGAAUUUAAAGAUUGUUAUCCAUGAAUAAUUUGGUGAUUAGAGUUAUUACAAAGUUGAGAGCUGCAUUAAAACAGUAGUAGGGCUCAUUUAAAAAAUAUCACCAAACAAGACAAACAAGUAUUCGAUUUACAUUAACAAUGAUAUUUAAGAAGAAUUAAUGUCUGAUUCUUUUGGAGAUAUUAACUUAAAUUUUUUAAAUGAUUUUGAAUUGCUUCUAAGAAAACACUUUUAAACAAACACAGCUACUUAAAAUAGCAAAAACUUUUACAAAGAAAGUUUUUAGAAUGAUGAAACACCAACCUAAACAUUUAUUUCUUAGGAAGAUUUAUAUAAAAAGUAUUCUUCUUAAAAUGCAAAUAACUAAAAGAAAGACCUACUUAAAUAACAUUAAUUUGUUAUUUAGGCUAUAGAAAUUUUGAGAAAAUACACUGAUGCAAGCUUGAAAAAGGAGACUAAACUAGUGACAGUAAAUAAUGUAUUUAUUAAACAAUUUCAUUCGUUAACAGAUUAACUAAAUAACCCUAAAUUUGUUAAUCUUUUUCUAGUAUUUUGGAAGUUGAUUUUUAAGUUCUAUGGCUAAAAUCUAUGCAAAAUUGAUGAUUAAAAAAAUGACAUAGAAUAAAUAGAAAAUAUAAUUUUAUCAAUUCAUGAUGCUGAAGAUGAAAAGAGUAUAUACGAUGCAAUAUUUAUACUAAUUAGAAUGAAACAUUUUCUGAUAAAACUUAAAAUAAAAGUUAUAAUAAGGAUUAUUAUUAAGUAAUCAUAUUAAAUAGAUCUUUGCACUUAAAACCAAAUAGCAAAACAAGCAAAAAAGUAUGUUCAAUUAAUGCAAUUAAACCAUUUAAUUUAGGUUAUUAGUUCAUCUAAUCACCUUAAUAAUUUCAUUUAGUAAAUAAGAGAACCUAUCAGAUAUCUAGGAAACCAGUUAAUCAUAGAAAAAAUUUGA